UGGUGACGUGAAAGGCUUUCGGUAAGAACUGAAUUCUCUGAAUCAUCGUCUGUCUUUAUCUGUCUUUAUCCAUGGCCAAAUCACCCAAGAAAUGUAGAGUUGAUUGUAAGCUUCCAGGAGAAGGAUGGGCAUCGGUAGCGUAUAUAAGUAGUGCCAGAUUCGAGGUCGUUCUAGCCAGCAAGUGGCCUCUCCAGCCUCAGUUCACUCUACUACACACCAUCAGCUUCAUACCAUCCUCGACAAGCCCUAGAUAAAAAUGUCUAAUUUGAAUCGAAGCCGUGUAGGCCCCUCCACCAAACUUGUCAAUAGCACUGCGGCGGCGCGAGUCAAACCAGUCGGGGGCUCAGCCGAUGCGUUCCUCCAAGCCAUUGCCGAACGUCGGAGUGUAUACGCUCUGACGAGGAAGUCCUCAAUACCGGACGAACGUGUUGUCGAGAUAGUUCAGCAUGCUGUCUUACACACUCCCACAUCGUUUAACUCUCAAUCAAACCGUGCCGUUGUUCUCUUUGGGGAGAACCAUGUGAGACUUUGGGAUGUCGUCGCCGAGUCCUUGAGGAAAAUUCUCCCACCAGAGCAAUUCGAAGGGAUGGUGGGGAAAGUGCGUUCUUUCCAGGCCGGAUACCUCACAAUCCUGUAUUUUAUCGACACAAAAGUUGUCAAAGGACUCGAAGAACAGUUCAAACCAUACGCAGAAAACUUCGCGCCAUGGGCCCAGCAGUCUAUCGGGAUGCUCCAAUCCAACGUUUGGGUUGCCCUAGAGGAGGAAGGACUUGGUGCUAGUUUGCAGCAUUACUCUAACUUGAUCGAGGCGGAGGUCAAGAAGGUGUAUAACAUUCCCGAAGAGUGGAGCUUGGUUGCUCAGCAGCCGGUUGGUGUUCCUGCUAAGGGCUGGAAGGCACCUGAAAAGGACGCUAAGCCUCUCGAAGAGACUGUCAAAGUUUUCCACUAAACU